AGUCUAAGAAGGGAUAAACCCAACUAAGCCGGUUUUACUUUAAACCAAGACUAGAAUAACCUUUAGUCUUCACUUUGUCUUACUUGGACGUAAAUAAACGCAAAACCUGGGUUUUACUUAGGUUUAAACUUUUAAAAUCUCAGCUCAUGAUAAAUCUAAAAUGGUUUUUAUUAACCCACAGUAAUUGAAGUUAAAAACAAUAUUGACCUAACUGCUUUAGUUUGGAAGAUUCUUUGGGUAUGAUCCAGAUAAAAGCUCUAAACUGGUUCUAAUGUUCACCGCACUCCUUUACCUGCCCCAGAUAGUCCUUCUUCAAUACCAUCAGCUCCAAUCAGGUUACAUAUCUCCAAUGGAGUCAUUCCUAACAGGAAACCAAGCCUCUUACACAGUCAACAAGAUCUUCAUCAUUCAUGUUAUGCACAUGAUCCUAGGUAUUAUCAUCCUAUUCGUCUCUUACGCCUUCAUCAACCUCUACUUAAACAGAAAACACAGCGUUCAGGUCACUACAGCGGAGAAAAACAACCCUUCAAAGAACAUGUUCUCUCUGAAGACCCUAAUGGUGGUUGGUGUAAUCACCCUGACUUUAACCCUUAUCAUUAUCUAUUUCCAGAUCAAGGCCCAACCCUUCCCCAUUGGUUCUGUAAUCACAAGUUUUCUGUUGACACUGAUCAACCUGUAUUUUGCCAGCAAACCUUACAUUGUUGAUUACUUUCUCCUUUUGCUUAGACAAAAACAAACCAGUUAUGAGAUGUUUUUCCCAGUAGUAAGGCUUCCUAUCAAAAUAAACAACCAAGUUAAUGUUAUUGGUUGAAGUAUUUUAGAUAAAUAUUGAUUGUGUUACAUCUUACAUCAUCAUGCUGUAAGAUGUAGCACAAAGGUCAAGACUGCUGUAAAAAGUUGAAUAAAUUUUUCAAGACAGUAUCAACUUUAAAGUGUCGAAAUGCUUUAGCAUUUGAUUUUGCGUAGAACUUUUAGCACUUGUU